AUGAGGCGGUUGUCGGGGGAAGUGAAGGCCGCAAGUGCCGUCCCUCUCGCUCUUUCGGUCUCAACAUCUCAGCAGCACCCAGACGGUAAGGACCGCGGCAAGAGUGCGGGUGGUCAGGCGACGUAUGAGCCGCUGCAUGUGCUGGGCAAAGGGUCGUUUGGCGUCGUCAUGAUGGCACGAGUACGGGAAACAGGGAAGACAGUCGCUGUAAAGAAGGUUCUCUUCGAUGGUCGCCUGCACAAUCGCGAGCUCUUGCUUCUGCGUGACCACCUUGGUCCCAACCCCGGCGGUGCGCAGCCUGUGCCAGCUGGACGUGAUAGUUAUGGUACUGAAGCUGUGAAUAACGACCACGGUGGCACUGAUGCUUCGACACAGGAAGCGGGGAGCGCCCCGCUUGGGGAGGCAACACCUGUUCCUUCAACGGUGCCAUAUCAUCCAUGUAUUGUGAGGCUGCUGGAUCACUUUACGGCGUCUGGUCCCAACGGGGAACAGUACCUCUAUAUUGUGAUGGAUUGCCUGCCAUUGGAUAUUCACCGCCUACAGAAUAUUUACGUGAAACAGAAGCAGCAGCGGAUGCCAAUUAUGCUGGUGAAGAUCACCAUGUUUCAGCUGGCACGCGCGCUAGCGUUUCUGCAUUCACGCAACAUAUGCCACCGUGAUGUCAAGCCUGGCAACUUACUGUUUGAUCCAGAGACGGGAGUACUGAAGCUUUGUGAUUUUGGUAGUGCCAAGGUGAUGCAGCCUCCAGGCGUGAAUGGCCCAAGAGAGAAGAAUGUGUCCUACAUUUGCUCUCGCUACUACCGAGCCCCGGAGUUGUUGCUGGGUUCAUUGUACUAUCAUUUUCAAGUAGACCUCUGGGCGGCCGGCUGCGUGCUUGCUGAGCUGCUUUGUGGUGAGGUGCUCUUCAAGGGAGGCAGCACGGUGGAUCAAAUGGCUGAGAUAUUUAAGGUUCUUGGGGCCCCAUCACGUCAGGAGCUUUUUGCGCUUAAUCCACAGAGCGCAGAAGCUCUUCUUCACGCCAGUGAGACUGGCCUUGAAGUGCCACCCGCGUCGACUGCGGGUACCGCUACUAGUAGUGACUAUCUGCAGCGGUAUCACGCCCUUCGCAUAAAGGCACUUCAAUGGCAGAAUGUGCUUCCGCCCAACACACCGCCAGCUGCGGUCGCGCUAGUGGGCGAAUUACUUCGGUACACGCCGGCUGAGCGACUCUCCGCCGCAGAGGUCUUGGAGCAUUCCUUUUUUGACGACGUCUUUGCCGAGAAUGCCUGCCUACCGAGUGGGGCACCGCUUCCCGUCAGCAUGUUUGAGGUGACUGCUGAAGAAAUGGAGGUGCUCCCCCACUGGCUGCUGGAGCGGAUGGCCUCCGCGGAGGCCCUUGCAAGGCGCCGGCUCGCAGGCGCAGGUGGCGGCGAUAGAGGAGUGCCACAUAAGUGA